AUGUCGGCUCAUACAAGUUUCCCAGCAAAGAAGAUGAAGGUCGAUGAGCUGAUAGCACUUGGGGGCGCCUUCCCCCCAGCCCACAGCUCGCCCCCGUCCCCCGAAACUAUCGACGAGAUGACCAGGCUGUACUACGAGGUCUACGUUCCAGGUCUGACACUCUUUUUCGAGACGCAAUGGUAUGAUAUCGCAAAGGACCGGAUCGCGACGGUUCUCUCUGCCGCCACGCUCCCCAACGGCCAACCGCUCGUUUCUCUUUUCGCUUCCUUUGUCGACUCCAUCUCCAAAAUCCACGGCACCGACCCGAGCAAUAUGGUAGCCUCGGGCCAUCUUGAAACGUGUGUGAUUUGGGCACUCGCUCGGCUGCCGCUGCUGCCCUCUUUGAAUACUGCCCACCCACCUUCAGCAUCAAACGCUCCUGGGCGGGAUUCGAACGAGGCAUGCGGUCGUCUACGUGUCUUCGAGACGCUCAUCUCCGGAGAAACGCUAGAGAGCAAUCCUUUGACACCACCGGCAGCCAGCAUGAGCCCAUCACAAAGGAGCGAGCUGGAGUUUUGGUUUCAUCUGGCGCAGUACCUUUUGCACACGCAUGCCCCAUCUUCUGGAUCUAGUACUCGUGAACAUCUUCUUGGUCUCAUGAGGUCUCUGCUGGAUGGUCGAGAAAAUCGUGAUGUGAUUUACAGCAUUGUGGUGCUCCGCGAGUUUACCCAGCGUUGGGACGCUGGCCCGAACGAGCAAAAUGUGGGAGCGCAUUUGGAAGAGUCGGAUCCGCGCAGCAAGCUCGCAGUUGCCACGCGGUUCAUUCGAGACGAAGCUGCCUCAACGGGCGGGACGACAAAUGUUGUGCGGCGUCUUUCCGAUCUGGCCUACCGAGCAUUUGUUCGACCUGGUGUCAACGUCAACAGAACCGGCAGGGGUGGUUAG